AUGGCCCUCCUUGCCGCCAAGCUUGCGGCCGUCGAGGUAUGCGGGGGUCCACGCACGCCGCCGUAUACAGUGCGUCGCGACGAAUGUGGCAUACCCAACAGAGAGGCUCGCCUCUUAGGCGGCGAAUAUCUAAGAGGCCACGAACUUCCUUGGGCCGGCUUGAUACAGGUCAAAGACGGCCGCUCCAUGCCAGCCACCUUGAUCAAUGACAGAUUUGUCGUUACUUCCGCUACAAACGUUCUCGGGUUAACUCCGCUUGAUAUCAAGGUCACCAUCGGCCAGUUCGACAGGUGUUUCCCGGACGUCUCCUCGACGAAUAUGAGCGUGGAGAAAAUCGUUGUACAUCCAGAUUUCAGCCCGGCGGACAGAGCUCACGACAUAGCUCUUUUGAAGUUCAGUACACCAGUCAAGAUCGAGAGAAGGGUAUCACCGAUCUGUUUGGCUACCCCAAACACUAAAUACUUAGGACAGGUGGCAACAGUGUCUGCUUGGUUUGAAACAGAAACAGAGCAGGGCCCAGCGUCGGCGUCGUGCAGGCCCAGAAAAUUGGGACUCCCAGUGCUGGGCAAAACAGAAUGUAUAAACUCACUAGAAGAUCCCCAGAUAGUGAGCAACGAUAAGGGUUGCAUCGGUGUAGUUGGAUUACCUAGCCCCAUCUGUAGAGUCGACAGUGGCGGUCCUGUAAUGUUUCGAACUCGUCAAGGGGUAUACGAGUUAGUGGGCGUUCUUACUGAUAGAAACGAGUGUAACCUGAAGCCUGGAGUAGCCCUAUACACCUACAUUAAUGACCAUUUACCCUGGAUUACUCAAAAUACAAAAGACGCCUGCUACUGCUUUAAAACAUAA